AUGGAGUUUAUUAAAGAGGAGAGUGAAGACGUGAAGAUUGAAGAAGCAUUCAGAGUCAAACAUGAAGAUACUGAGGAACAAACAGACCUGAUAGUGCUGAAAAAGGAGAGUGAAGUGCAGAUGGAAAUGGAAGAAGAAGAUCAAUAUAAGAAUCAUGAUUUCAUAACAGAAGAAAAAACUUUUAGUUGCUCCCAGAGUGAAAAGACUUCCUCACGGAAAAGGGCUAAAAAGUCAGGAAUUAAAAGUAAUUUCACCUGCCAACAAUUUGAAACGCGUUUCAACCAAAAUGAAAAGCUUAAGGUCCACACGAGAGUUCACUCUGGAGAGAAGCCUCGUACCUGCCAACACUGUGGAAAGCAUUUAUCUAAAAAAGAAAGCCUUAAAAGACACAUGAGAGUUCACACUGGAGAGAAGCCUUACACGUGCCUUCAGUGUGGAAGGUGUUUCAGUUUUAAAGGAAACCUUAAAGUUCACAUGAGAAUUCACACUGGAGAGUGCCCUUUCAUCUGCCAAAAGUGUGGAAACCGAUUCGGUCUUAAGGGGAGCCUUAAAAAGCACAUGAGAGUUCACACUGGAGAGAAACCUUACACAUGCUCUCAAUGUGGAAAGUCUUUUGCUCAGAAUGAAAGCCUGAACAGACAUAUUAGAAUUCACACUGGGGAGAAACCUUACACGUGCUCUCAAUGCGGAAAGACGUUUGCUCAAAACGUAACUCUUAGCAGACACAUGAGAAUACACAAUGGAGAGAAGCCUUACACAUGCCUUCAGUGUGGAAGGAGUUUCACUCAAAUUGGAAAUCUCAAAGUCCACAUGAACGUUCACACUGGAGAUAAGCCUUUCACCUGCCAACAGUGUGGAAGAAGUUUCUGCCAUAAAGGAAACCUUAAUUCCCACAUGACAGUUCACUCUGGAGAGAGCCUUUUCACCUGCCAACAAUGUGGAACAAGUUUCACUCAAAAAGGAAGCUUUAACAGACACAUUGUAAUUCACACUACAGAGAAGCAUUUUACCUGCCUACAGUGUGGAAGGAGUUUUGAUCGACAUGAAAACUUUAAAGCCCACAUGAGACUUCACUCUGGAGAGAAAUCCUACAUGUGCACUCAAUGUGGAAAGAGUUUCAAGCAAAAAGGACCCUUUAAAUAUCACAUGAGAAUUCACUCUGUAGAGACGUCCUACACAUGCCCUCAGUGUGGAAAGAGUUUCAGUCAAAAACGACACUUUAAAGACCACAUAAGAAUUCACACAGGAGAGAAACCUUUCACAUGCCAACAAUGUGGAAAAAGUUUCAACCGAAAAGGAACUCUUAACAGGCACAUGAGAACUCACACUGGAGAGAAGCCAUUUACAUGUGGUCACUGUGGAAAAAGUUAUAGAUAUAAAAGAGCCCUUAAGUGCCACAUGAGAAUUCAUGUAUGAGAGAACUGUUUUUGUAUGUUGUGUGGAAUUCAUUUCACAGACAGGAAACACUUCAUGUUUGGAGACUGUAUAAUGCGCUGAUUAUUUGUUACAGUACUAAAUCACCUUAGAGUGCUAAAUUCCCUAUUAAUUUCCAGUGACUAUGAGAGGAGUAAAGAAGCCAGU